AUUUUAUUUUACACAUCAGUCUCGCUGCUAUUGUUCAGGCUGUAGGAAGUCUAACGAAAUUCCUCGGAAGUGAAUAAAAAAAUUGAGAAGAUAAAUAAUAAUUUAAAAUUUAUAAGGCGAAAGCAAUUAUAAACAAUAUCAACCAAGAAUAUCAAUUGCAUGAAGUGAUUCACUGGCAGUUUGUUCGAAUAAACAAAUAAAACGCAAAACGUUUUUAUCUACACCACACUAUCGAAUUUGUAAAACAACAACAAGAAAAGCAGCAACACCACAACAGCCAACAUGUCUCUUACAUAUAGUCUGCGAACACCUCAUGUUCGCCAUAUGCGUAGCGAAGUCAUAAAUGAUCCCGACACGCCUGGAUAUGUUGUUAACUUCCAUCAACCGGUUCUCGAUUAUUUAGAUGCCAAAUCGCAAUAUUUACAUGGAUCACGAACCCACACACCAUGGACCGAUGAAUGUACACCCAAACAUUAUCGUUCCACCUCAACGCUGAAUCAAUUGAGCGCCGUCAAAUCCCUCAAAGUUGAUCAUGAAACCGAUGAAAGAACCGAGGAUAUUAUUAGUGACCUGCAUCUCCAGCACCGGGCUCCUUUCGAUGAAGUACCCAUGUAUGAUCCCUCGCAUGUUACCAGGCAUACCCAUCCCGAUAUGGUCUCAGAUCAAGCCCAGAAACGUAUACGCUACUUGAAUCAACGUCAGCUGGAGAAUCAAAUUAAAAAAGACACCAUGGAAAUUGUGGAUCGUAUCAAUCGCCUGGAACUCGACAACAAUGAGUUGCCACGUGAAGUGGAACGUCAGAUACGUGGCAUCUAUUCACGUGUACUGCCACCUUAUGUCCCCGCAGAGUAUGAAGAAGAGCUUGAUACCGUCAUUGAUCGGGCUGCCUCACGUGUUCGUGCCACAUCACCCGAUGCCGCAUAUCGUAAACCAUAUCCCAAAUACAUGCAAACCAUUGAUGAGCGUCGUGCGAGUAAACUAUACAAGCAAGUCAGUGCCACACUCAAAGAGUCCAAACGCACCCUGCGCAAAAUGGAUGAUCGCGUCGAAUGUGAUUUCUACAAGUGCAGCUUGAAUGACAAAUGCUGGCUGUGUCGCAAACUGAUGCGUAACAAUUCACGACUCCAUUACUUCCCCAGCAAUGCGAAUCCCAUUAUUCCAGGUUAUCGUCGCAAGCAUAAAGUCACUUAGAUGGAUGCUGAUGGUGAUGAUGAUGGGAAUUUCCAAUGUCCUCCCAUGUUGUAUACUAGCCAUGAAAUAAAUGUAACCAUAGAUAGUUAGGCUACUUUUUGUUCGACAAAUUAUUAGUAAAAUAAAUAAUAUUAUCUAU